AUGUCUACUUUAGCUAAAGGAGAAACAACAGGUUUUUUAAAUUUAUCAUUCGUCAACCUUUCAACCAUUACCAACAACACAAAGGCUGAUGUUGUACAACGCGAUGAGACAGUAGCUCGUAUAGAGGUCGCAGUCUUGGCGACAAUCUUCACAUUAACUGUCAUUGGUAACACGAUAGUCUUGGUGGCUUUGGUAGUGCGACGAAUCAAAAUGACUAGAAUGUAUUAUUUUCUCCAACAUUUGUGUAUUUCAGAUCUUAUCACUGCUUUUUUUCACGUCUUGCCUCAGCUUGCAUGGGACGUUACAUAUCGUUUCUAUGGUGGAAACGUGUUGUGUAAGAUAGUGAAAUACAUGCAAAUUCUAGGCCCUUACUUAUCAUCCUAUGUCCUGCUGGUGACUGCGAUCGAUCGUUACCAAGCUAUUUGCUUUCCGCUAACAAGCUGUGUGUGGACUCCUCGUAAAUCCAAGAUCAUGAUAGCUAAUGCUUGGAUUAUCUCAAUUCUUUGCUGUUUUCCUCAGAUAUUCAUCUUCUCUUAUCAGAAAGUUUCGGAGGAUCCCGUUACUUUUGACUGCUGGGGAAUUUUCAUUCAGCCGUGGGGAGAAAAGGUUUACGUUCUGUGGUACGCUGUGUCUCAGUUUUUCAUACCACUCGUGGUUAUAGCUUUCACUUAUAUACGUAUAUGUAAAAGUGUUUGGUAUAAUCUUCAAAUGAGACGUCAGGCUUCUAAUUGUGAAACCUUUACUGUUCCCAGAAGUCACUGCAUGCGUGGCUUGUCACGUUCCAAAGUCAAGACAUUUAAGAUUACCGUUGUCGUUAUAACUUGCUACAUUAUUUGCUCAACCCCGUUCAUUAUAGUACAACUUUGGGCUUACUGGAGUCCAAAUGCCAAGAAUUCAUCUAUUUGGAAAGGACCGACUGUCGCCAUUUUGAUGCUUUUAGCAAGCUUGAAUAGUUGUGUCAACCCAUGGAUAUAUCUGGCCUUCAACUACAACCUAGUCACAGCUCUAAGAGAAGUGUGUUGCCAAACCAGCUCCAAGAGUUUUUCUUCUCAGGUUCCUGAAAACACCGAUAAUAACACUUUUAGUCGAAGUGAGCGCUGCAGUAGUUACCCAUUGAGUGUAAGAACUGGUUCACGUCACAAGUUCCCGGAUGGUUCCACCACACGAACAAGGAAAAGACUCUGUCGAGAGUUAGGCUCCAAGAACGAGAGUACUGAUGUUGGAGAAAACAGGGGUUCUGUUACACAAACUGAAACAACUAGUGAACCAGGAAAGUUUGUCACGCGUGACAAAGAUAAAACACUAUGUUAAA